AUGUUUGAGGAAGCUCUCUCGGAGCAAAAGGAGAUGAGGAACGAGAUCAAACAAUUGACUCAGAGGCUGAAAAACUCUGUAAAACACCAGAAGAUGCAAGACAGCCAGAUAGCUCAGAUACCCCAGUCCGUCUUAAGAGCACAGGGUAUAUUCCUAGGGAAGCCAGAUUUAAAUCUAGUGGAACAUUGCAACCGCAUUGAGCUGAGGAGCAGACAUACUGUGGGAGAUCCUCAAAUCAUUACUCAGAAGGAGCUUGACUCAGAGAAGGAGCCCUCUCUCCUAAUGCCCAAUCAGACUCAAAACAGGGAUGGAGAAGAGGUUACUAAAAAGGUUGAAGAAACUCUUCAAGCUACCCCACAGAAUCAAACGAUCCCUUUUCCUCAGAAGCUUAUAGCAUCCCAGAAAGAUGAAGAGUUCAACCGAUUCCUGAAGAAGAUCAAAGGAAUCUACAUAGAAGUACCACUGAUAGAUGCGCUGUACCAAAUACCGAAGUUCGUAAAUUUUUUAAAGGGAAUUUUAUCUAACAGAAGGCAGAAGGGUGAUUUCGAGACUGUAGCAUUAACAGAGAAUUGCAGCGCCCUCCUUAUUGCGAAUUCUCCACCAAAGAUUAAGGAUCCAGGAAGCUUCUCCAUAUCGUGCAAAAUUGGUUCUGAACUCAUACCGAGAGCUUUUUGUGACUUGGGGGCUAGCGUUAGCCUACUUUCGUACUCUUUAUGCAAGAAGCUGGGCCUCCAGAACAUUAAAUUGACCACUAUGGCACUACAAUUAGCUGACCAUUCAUGCAGAUACCCAAUGGAAAUAGUGGAAGAUGUUCCAGUUGAAGUGGGUGGAUGUAUAGUUCCCACAGAUUUCAUUAUCUUGGAUAUGGAGGAAGAUCCUAAGAUAUCGAUUAUCCUUAGAAGACCAUUCCUUGCUAUAGCUGGAGUCAUCAUCGAUGUAAAAAGUCACAGGUUAUCCUUGGAGAUCGGCAAAGAAAAGAUCGAGUUUGAUUUAUCUGAUUCCUCCAUCUGCAACCCCUCUUCUCAGGAAAAUUCUCGCAAGAUCAACAUACACAAAGUCGAGGAGUGCAGUUUCCAUGAGAGUUCCCCUCCAGUAUGCAACAAGAAAUAUAUUUGUCCUGCACGAGCGAAACUGAAGGCGCAGGCUAGAGCAUUAACCCUAGGAGGAGAGUCGUCCUUCCACGAAUUUAGUCCACUUUAA